UAUAUUAUUGAAACCUAUGUUGGGCGAGAGAAAAUAUGUUCUUCUUGCUUGAUUCUAACAACCAACCCCACUUUAUGGUAUCUAUAAUUUUUUCUCCCCUCUUGUAGGAAGGUCGAAAAAAUCGGGAAAAAAGAAUUCCGGAAAUUCUUUGACCGGAAGGGAAGCCCUCAUCCGGCCACUUACCAGAGAAAGCUGCCGGGGUAGGAGAAACGAUGUGCACGCUGGAACGCCAUGGCAGGAUUUUCGUUCUCCGGCUCGCCGGCGAGACGGAGCACCGAUUAACGCAGGGCCUUUGUUCGGACAUCCUCCACGCACUAGACGCCGUCGACGACCCCUCCUCUGGCGCGGCGGCCCUUGUGACCACGAACGACGGGCGGUUCUUCUCCAACGGGCUCGACCUCGCCUGGGCCGACUACGAUCGAGCGGCCCGGCUCCCGUCGCUCCUCGCCUCCUUCGAGCAGGUGGCCCUCCGCUACCUCCGCCUCGGCGUCCCAACCGUCGCUGCCGUCCGGGGCCACGCGGCGGGCGCCGGUUUCCUCCUCGCGAUGGCUCACGACUACAGGGUGAUGAGGCGCGACCGGGGCUUCCUGUACUUUGCGGCCGUGGACGUCGGUGUCCAGAUCCCGGCGGGUUCGAUGGCGCUCCUCUCGGCAAAGAUGGGCGGCCGGGCGAUGCGGGACGCGGUGCUGCGUGGGCGGAAAUGGACUGCGGAGGAGGCCGCCGCAGCUGGGAUGGUGGAUCGGGUAGCGCAGAGCGCGGCGGAAGCGGAGGCUGAGGCGGUGGCGGAGGCGGAGGAACUCGCCGCGAAGGGGUGGUUGAGGCACGUGUAUCGGAACCUUCGGGUUGGGAUGUACGCCGACGCGGUGGCGAAGAUGGAGGAGAACGUCCGGCAGGAGGCCGGUGGCGCGCGUGCGGAUGGCACGCGGGAAUAGCCCUCGCGCUUCUUUCUCCUUUUUUUUUUUUUUUUCCUCAAAAAACCAACCUUGCGGGGAUGACCGACCCGCCCCGCCGCCCCUCUCUCGCACUUUCUUGAAACUCAUGAUAUUGUUCGUUUCUUUUCUGUUUUUGAGCACAAAGUCCGUGAAAUUCACGGUAUUCACAAGAAAUCCUGUACUUUGGAGAACUACCAUCUUCCAGAUUUAUUAUUGUCAGCCAAUUGAAAAGAACGGGAAAAAUCAAUAGGAAAUCCGGAAAAAAGAAAAAGGGGAACUGAUUUGUGAUUUA